AUGGGCAUGGUAAAAGAUUGUACAGUGCGAUUAGCAGGUGAAGGACUUAACGUUUCACCAAAGCCUAUUUACUUAACGGUAUAUAAGAAACAUAUCCAAGCAGAUUUGACAUUGAUUGAUUUACCAGGUAUUACUCGUAAUCCAGUUGGUGGACAAUCGAAAACUAUUCAUAAAGAUAUAGUUGAACUUAUUGAACAUUAUAUUAAACCACGAACAGCUAUUGUCUUGCAUGUGAUUCCUUCGUCUGUCGAUUUUACAACUUCGGAAUCGAUUCAACUUGCAAAAAAGAAUGAUCCACAGUGUGAACGACAAUUGAUCGCUGUAUCAAAAAUUGAUAAAUUUGACAGAGGUAUUGGUGAAAAACUUCAAGGUAUUGGGCCAGGUUCAAUGGCAUUAAAACUUGGUUGCAUAGCUGUCCUUAAUCGUACACAAGAAGAAAUAGAUCAAAAUAUCCCAUUUGAUGAAAUGCGACGACGAGAACAAAAAUUCUUUUGUUCAAAUAAAGCUUUUAAAGAUGUGCCAGAGCGAUAUCUUGGCAGUGAACAAUUAGUCAAACGACUUGCUUUAAUUCAACAAGAACGCAUUCGUUCAACUCUUCCUUCAAUAAUAGAUGAACUUAAAAAAGAAAUCAAGUCAAAGAAAUCUGAAUUGAAACAAAUGCCACCACCAGUUACUUCUGAAAUGGAUUGUUGGGCAUUGUAUACAGAUUUAAUUAAAAAAUAUCGUGAAAUCAUUAAUGCACGUGUUCAUGGAGUAUAUGACAAUGAGAUGCAAUUAAAAAUUGAAGAGUCGACCGUUACAACAUUUGACGUGUUACGAGCAGCUACUAUUACACAAAUCUCUAAUGAUCGGUUCGAUGAACGGAUUGCCUUUCAACUAUAUAAUCGACAAAAAGAAUGUAGAGAAAAACUUCAUAGUUCUUUCGCACAUUUCUUGUCAUCAGAAUAUCAAAAACUCGUAUUAAAUCUACUUGAAGAAAAUACUGGUGUCACUUUACCUAAUUUUCCAUCAUUUAGCAUCAUUGAACGACUUUAUCGUGCUGAACAAAACAAAUUUCGAAAACCAUGUGAAGAUCUAAUUGAAUCGUAUACUGAAUAUUUGAAAUUAGUGUUGAUUAAAAUAUUAAAUCAAGUUUUUGCUGAAGAGACAAGCUAUAAAUAUCAAAUAGUACAUAAAUUAACUGAUAUAAUUCUACGUACUAUCGGCGAAAGUGAAGAAGAAUGCAGUAAUGAUAUAACAAAGAUGCUCGAAAUUGAAAAACGAGUAUUUACACUUAAUCAUUACUACAUGGAUACAGUGAACAAAAUCAAAAAAAAAUGUCAAGAAUACAAUGAUAGCGUAGAAAUAAAUGAAUAUGACCAAUUUUCCUCGAGAUUUGCUAUCGAUGACUUCGUCAUAGAUUUGAGUAAUCUUUCAAAUGAACAUCAAGCUGCAUUAGAUGUUCAAAUAGCAAUGUCAGCUUAUUGUCGUGUAGUUGAAAAACGUAUUGUUGAUCAGGUUUCUCAACUUUGUUACUAUUGGUUUAUCACUCGAUGUGCUCUUCCACUCGACUCAAAACUGAGUUCAGCAUUUACAUCGGCUAUUUUGUUUGAAUGGAUGCGUGAACCAUUUGAUCAACAGCAAAAACGUGAGAAUUUGAAGAAAAGUAUAGAUGCAAUGGAAAGAGCAUUAGUUAUGGGGCAAAGUGUGUAA